GGCGCCUCACCUCCUUCCUCCGCGGUGGGGGUUGCCGUAGACCCGGAAGGAGCGGAAGUGGAGGAUGGCCCCCUGGAAUGAGGAGAGCGCGUGAAGCGCCGCCUCUCUAGACUCAGGGCAGAGGUGGGCGUGAGCGAAGGGAAGAUAGAGACGGAGAAUCUGGGCAGUGCUCCCUGGCCUUCCUGCAGCCGCUGCUCAUUCCCUCUCCUCAGCCUGUGCCAUGCGGGUGCCUUCUCAGGACUUCUGCCCUCAUUUUUGGUGAGCAAAGGAAAUAACGAAAAAUGACAAGUAGAAGACUCGAGGAGUCCAUGGGAGCUGUCCAGAUGGGGUUAGUCAGAAUGCUCAAAGGAUUCCAAAGCAAGGUUUUGCCACCCCUCAGUCCCAGGGUGGUUAAAGAAGAAGAUGUCAACCAAAUGCUAACACCCUCGGAGUUCCUGAAGGAAAUGUCCCUGACCACAGAACAGAGACUGGCAAAUACACGGUUGAUGUGCCGACCACAGAUCAUCGAACUUUUAGAUAUGGGGGAAGCAACACAUCAAAAGUUUUCAGAUAUUGACCUGGACCAGGCAUUAUUCCAGCCCUUUCCAUCAGAAAUUAUAUUUCAGAACUACACUCCCUGCGAAGUCUAUGAAGUUCCACUGGUUUUGAGGAACAAUGACAAAAUUCCAAGGAUGGUGAAAGUUAUUGAGGAAAGCUCACCGUACUUUAAAGUAAUCAGCCCCAAAGACAUUGGCCACAAAGUCGCUCCAGGAGUGCCGUCCAUAUUCCGCAUCCUCUUCACUCCAGAGGAGAACAAGGAUUACGCCCAUAUGUUGACCUGUGUGACUGAAAGAGAAAAGUUCAUCGUACCCAUCAAAGCCCGAGGCGCUCGAGCCAUCCUGGAUUUUCCUGACAAGCUGAAUUUUUCCACUUGCCCUGUCAAAUACAGGACUCAGAAGAUUCUGCUGGUCCGGAACAUUGGCAACAGAGACGCCGUGUUCCACAUCACAACUUACCGGCCGUUCUCCGUGGAGCCCUCUGUUGGAACUCUUACCGUGGGAGAGUCCAUGCAAUUGGAAGUGGAUUUUGAGCCACAGGCUGUGGGCAAUCACAGCAAACGGCUGAUUGUGUAUUACGACACAGGUGAAAAAAUGUUUGUAUCUCUGUAUGGAGCUGCCGUAGACAUGAAUAUAAGGCUGGACAAGAAUUCUUUGAUCAUUGAGAAAACCUACAUAUCUCUGGCCAAUCAGAGAACUAUAACUAUUUACAACCGCAGUAACAUCAUUGCCCAUUUCCAAUGGAAGGUAUUUGCUACCCAGGAAGAGGAAGAUAAAGAAAAGUAUAGGGUCUGUGAGGAUCUGAUCAAAGAGGAAAAGGAUGAGACUGACGAGUUUCUCGAAGAGUUUGUUAGUGAUCCUUUACUCCGAGAACGGAUUUCCAUUCUCUCCCGCACCUUUGCGAAUCAGAGAAGGCUGGUUCAGGCGGACAGCAUACUCUUCUUGAAUAACAUUUUCAUAAUUGAGCCCCUGGAAGGUGAUGUCUGGCCCAACUCAUCAGCUGAAAUCACUGUGUACUUCAACCCUCUGGAAGCCAGGCUCUACCAGAUGACUGUGUACUGUGACAUUUCAGGCCGAGAGAUCCGUCUGCCCCUCCGAAUCAAAGGGCAAGGAAUGGGACCAAAGAUUCACUUCAACUUUGAAUUGCUGGAUAUUGGAAAAGUUUUUGUUGGAUCUGUACAUUGUUAUGAGGCAGUGCUCUCCAACAAAGGCAGCAUCGACGCUCUCUUCAACGUGACCUCCCCGACUUCAGCUUUGGGGGCCUGCUUUGUUUUCAGCCCCAAGGAAGGCAUCAUCAAGCCAAGCGGGGUCCAGGCGGUCCAGAUUUCCUUCUGCUCGUCCAUUCUGGGGCACUUCGAAGAAAAGUUCCUGGUCAGUGUCAAUGGGUCACCUGAGCCCGUGAAACUGACUAUUAGAGGCUGUGUCAUUGGACCCACCUUCCACUUUAAUGUCCCUGCUCUGCACUUUGGGGAUGUUUCCUUUGGGUUUCCUCACACCUUGAUAUGUUCCCUCAAUAACACCUCCUUGGUCCCCAUGACCUUCAAACUGCGCAUCCCUGGCGAUGGCCAUGAAAGCAUUUCAAGCUGUGAGCAAUAUACAGACACCAAAGGACCUUCUUGGAACAAGGAGGAAAUACCCAUAACGAGACCAAAAGAGUUUACCAUCACCCCCAACUGUGGCACCAUUCGCUCCCAAGGAUUCGCUGCUAUCAGGGUGACCUUAUGCUCCAACACUGUGCAGAAAUACGAGCUGGCCCUGGUGGUGGACGUGGAGGGCAUUGGGGAAGAAGUGCUGGAGCUCCUCAUUACAGCGAGGUGUAUUGUACCUGCCCUCCGCAUGGCCAAGGAAGAGGUGGACUUCGGGCGCUGCUUCCUGAAAUACCCGUACGAGAAAACCAUCCAGCUUGUCAACCCGGAUGGCCUCCCAGGAUGCUAUGAGGUCCUGCCCCAGGUAGAUGAGGACUCGCCCGCGGUGUUGCUCUCUAGUCCCAACCCCUAUGGAAUCAUCCCGCCCCAAAGCACCGUCCACAUCCCCCUGAUCUUGGAGACCCAGGUCACCGGGGAGCACCGGUCCACGAUUUACAUCUCGGUCUUCGGGAGCCAGGACCACCCUGUGGUGUGCCAGCUGAGGAGCAUUGGAGAAGGCCCGGUGAUCUCCGUCUGUCCCCACCAGGUGGAUUUUGGCAAGAUCUACGUCCUGACGGAGUCCUCCAGGGUCAUCAACCUCUCUAACCAGUCCCUGAUCCCUGGAUUAUUUCAGGCACACAUGGCUCACAAAAAGUCCCUUUGGACCGUGGAACCCAGCGAAGGCACCGUUCCCCCCGAAGAUGACAUUCAACUGACGCUGACCGCCAACCUGAACGACAUACUGAUGUUCAAAGACACGGUCAUUUUGGAUAUUAUAAACAGCAAAACCUACCGGAUUUCUGUCCAGGCCGAAGGAAUUGGCUCCACCAUCGUUUCGGAUAAGCCCUUUGCUCCAGAACUCAACUUGGGAGCACAUUUUAGCCUGGACACCUGUUACUACCACUUCAGGCUGACCAACAAGGGACGUCGGGUCCAACAGUUGUUCUGGAUGAAUGAAAAGUUCCAACCCAAGAACAAGAAAGGCGCGCCUAAGAGGAGACUGGCUAAGCGCCCUCGCGCCCAGGCAGCCAGGCGUCCCCAGAGCCCCGUGUUUCAGCUUCAGCCCUUCAGGAUGGAGUUGUAUCCAGACCAGACGAUCGAUGUGACACUUGACGGCUAUUCUUCCACUCCCAGGAUGGUCAGGGAGAAGCUGGUGUGCCACGCCAUCAUCGGGGCCCAGCGGGAGCGGAGCCUGGUGAUGACUGUGGAUGUCAUGUGCGAGUUCAUAGCGCCGCUCAUCCAGCUCUCCACCAAGAAGCUCGUGUACCGACUGGAGAAGAAACCACAGACCGUCUUGCAACCUGAUUACCAGCCCUUGGUCAUGAAGAACAUUUCCACGCUGCCCGUGAAUGUGUUGCUCUCAACAAGCAAACCCUUCUUCAUCUGUGACACGGAGCAAUCUCUGUUGCCCCUAAUUCCAGAGCCUAUUAAACUGGAGAUUGGUGAAGAAAAAAAUCUGCUGGUCAAGUUUGACCCGACCCACAAAUGCGAUUUGAACAACUGGGUGGCAGAAGAAACUCUAGCCAUCAGGUACCUGGAGCACCCUCAGGUAGACAGCCUGAACCUGCGUGGGGAAGUGCAUUACCCCAACCUGUCCUUUGAGACCAUGGACCUGGACUUUGGCUGUAUCCUGAACGACACCGAGGUGAUCCGCUACGUCCCCAUCACCAACUGCAGCCCCCUGGCUGUGAAGUUUUGCUGGUUCUUCCUGGAGAACAACGAGGAAAAUCAAAUAAGGUACCGCCAGCUCCCACGGAAGCCCGGCCGUGCCCUCCUGUCCCAGAUGGAGUCCAUCGGGGCCUCAGCCUCCGCCAGCCCGCCAGCGGUCUCCGCGAUAGAAUCCCCUGAGAUUGACCUAAGUGAUUUUGUGAAGUCUACCCUUGUAGAUGAAGAUACUGGGUCUGAAGAAGAAGGAGAGCACAGAAGAGCAGAAGCGCCCAAGCUGAUCAACUCAGAUGUGUUUGACAUUCUGCCCCUCUAUGGAGAGCUGCAGCCGUACAGUAGCGACCAGAUAGCGUUCACCUUCUACGGACACUGUGACAUCAUCGCCCAGGCGACAGCUCUGUGCAAAGUAGAAGGAGGGCCCAACUACGAGAUAAAACUACGGGGAGAGACAUCCAUGGUCAGCUAUUCCUUUGACACCAAGGACAUCAACUAUGGGCUACAGCUGUUCGACCGGGUCACAGAGACCAAAGUCACACUGAAGAACACGGGGAAAGUCGGCUUCGAGUUCAGGGUGCUGACCAAUGACCAGUCUUUGCCAGACAACCUCCUGCCCGGAGUGCCACUCAUCCUGCCUCUUUCAGGUUUUAUCAGUUCACUUAAAGAGCAGGAGUUGAAGAUUUACUACUUACCUGGAGUACCUGAGAUCUUUCAAAGAAGUUUUCAGGUCCAGAUCGCCCACCUGGACCCAGAGAGUAUCACACUGAGUGGAGAGGGAAUCUUUCCUCGAAUCUACAUCGACCUCCCCAGAAACCUCAAAGGGAAUGAAAAGUAUGAAAUCUUCUUGAAUCAGGCCAGAGAAAACCUAGAAAACGAGUUAGACAAAGAUGAAAUAUUGAGUCACACAGAGACCAUUGAGGAAAUGUCUGAGGAUGAGCCUUUUAAGUUAAGUGCUCAGCUCCAGAUGGAAGUAGAGCGACUCAUAGUCCAAAACUAUACCAUGGAACAUCAGAAAAUUAUCCACGAUCCCAUGGACGAAGUCAGCCAUCGGGGUCGCCACAGACUAGCCAAAAUCCAGCUGCCAGAGUAUAUCCUAGACUUCGGCCACAUCAUCCUUGGCGACUCUCGAUCCCACAUCAUCAAGAUCACCAACACCAGUCACAUCCCAGUGUCCUUCCACGCGGAAAAGCGCAUCCUGCACGACACAGGCUUUAGUACUGAGCUAGAUCGUGUAAAGCAUCUGCCUUCCUGCGAAACGGAAACAUUUGAAGUGAGAUUUGACCAGCAAGGGACCAACCAGUCUGUGGGAAACAAAGAAGCCAUUCUGCCCAUCAAAGUGGUUGGAGGGCCAACGGUUCACAUCUGUCUGCAAGUCCAGGUGGCCAUUCCCACUAUGACACUGUCUUGUGACAAAGUGGAGUUUGCCACAAUUCAGUGUGGGCAGUGCCUUGUGGAAACUAUUCAGCUCUCCAAUCAUCUUCAAGUUCCUUGUGAAUGGUUUGUCGUCAGCCAUAAGCCAUUUAACAAGCUGGAGAAGCACAUGCCAAAGUACUUAAGACGGAAACUCCAUACCGAGUUCAAGCCAAAGACGCGGAUCUUUGAGAUCCAGCCCACGACAGGGGUCUUGGAUCCUGGUGAGAAGGCCAACGUGCAAGUGAGAUUCAUGCCCAAGGAAGAGAAAUUCUACAGUCAAACCCUGACGUUCCAGCUUGUCCGCAGUACUCAGAAGCUUACACUGCUGGCACAGGGGCAAGGCUUAGAGCCACGCUUGGAAUUCAGUCCUUCAAUUCUGGAGCUGGGGCCGCUGCUGCCUUACGCGCCUGGAGACGACGCCGAGGUGGUGGUGAAGAAUCCCUGUGACUUUCCCAUUGAAUUUUACUCCUUAGAAUUUGACCAGCAAUAUCUCAUCGAAGAGAAGAUCUUGCGGUCGCUGAAGGGCUACGACUCCUACAACACCCUGCUGCUGCCCCCCCGGGUGCCUGGGGAGAAGCUGCCCUCAGAGGUGUACGAGUACUUUAGGGAGAUGAAGCAGUCCAAGGAGGAGCAGAUGAAGGCGAAAUACCUGGAGGCUCUGGCUCAGGACAACGAAGACGAAGAUAUACCCUUGUCGGAGCAGGUAACGGUCUCCAACGUGAAGAGGGGCUCACUUAGCAGAGGGAUCUCUGUCACAUCCGACCUGGAGGACUGGGAGGAGUCCAAGAACAAUCCAGAUGAUGAAGAGGAUGAUGACAGCCUGGAAAAACUAGUGUUUCAAACUGAGAAGUUACAGAGCACGGACAGCCACUCUGCAGAGGACGAUGGAGAAGUAGAGAACAACCCAGUGAACAAGGCCAUUGCUCGCUACCUGGGCAUCGAUGUUUCUGCAGAAGGUAACCUGGCCAAGAACCGGAAAGGCAUCGCCAUUAUCGUCCACGGGACGCCCGUGUCAGGCAAGACGGCCACGGCAGCCAGCCUGGCCAAGUACUACGGCGCCGCCUGCUUCAACAUCGACUCCAUCGUGCUGGAGGCCAUCUGCGACGGCAACAGCAUCCCAGGGAUCCGGGCCCGGGAGCUCUGCAUCAGGGCGGCCAUCGAGCAGUCCAUGCGGGAAGGAGAAGAGUCUGCCCAGGAUACUGCUUCGGGUCAACUUGGCAUAGGACAGGUGCGACAGAGCAGCGAGAACCUGGGCAAGUUAAUCUCAGAAACCACCCUGAUAAACCCUGAAGUGAAAUCUGCCAAGUCCAUGCGUGGGAGCAUGCUGUUUUCCAAAGCCAGGGCAGAGCAUGGCUCUGGGUCUCAGAAGCAGCAUCACCCGCACCCACCUGAAACGCCACAGAUUUCCUCCAGCCCUCUCCCCUCGGGACCCACACCGCGCAGACUUAGUGUCAGCACCAGCAUCGGAGGCGAGACCGGGCUCCUGAGCUGUGUGCUCCCUGAGGAAAUGCUCGUUCAGAUCCUGGCCGAGCGCUUACAGCUGAGUGACUGCAGCCUGGGAGUGGUGUUUGACAGCCUCGACACACUCUUUGCUCGGAACGCGGCCAUUGCUCUCCUCUGCCUGCUGAAGGCCAUUGGCAACAGGGAGCACAUCUACGUCCUCAACAUGCCCCAGGAUUACGCAGGCAUGAAGGCCCAGGAGAAAGCCAAAAAGGAGCAAGAAGAGCAGAAACAGAGGGAGGCGCUUGAAAAAGAGAAGGAGCGUCUCCAAAAUAUGGAUGAGGAAGAAUAUGAUGCGUUGACAGAGGAGGAGAAAAUCACGUUCAAUCGAGAGGUCCAGCAGGCCCUGCGGGAGAGGAAGAAGAGGGAGCUGGAGAGAUUGGCAAGGGAGUUGCAUGAAAAGAAGCUACAACAGGAGCUUGAGCGGCAAAAGGAAGAAGAUGAGCAAAAAAAGAAGACGAGAAAGACAAAGCAAGUAGCACCAAAGGAGGAGCCAGCCCUGAAGAAAUCUCAGACCAGCCGGCAGACUCUUACCUUUUCCAAACUAGAAGGCAGGAUGGACUUGGUAGAACCAAAAGCUUCUGAGAAGGACCAGGGAAUGGCUGAGAAGGACGAACUGAGCAAGAAGAAAAAGAGCCAGAUGGCAGAUAACAUCGUUGGGUUUUCCCUGGUCCAGGAUCAGGAGGACAGCGAGGGGGACCUCCAGAAGGAAGCUGACAAGCCUCUGGCCCAGAAGUUUAAGAUCUAUGAGCUGACUCUGAAGGAUAUCCAGAACCUCCUCAUGUACUGGGACCGGAAGCUAGGCAUCCAAGUGCCUCACAUGGGGGCUGAGGACCUGACCCACGAGCCCGAAGACCAGCGCCAAGUCCCAUCGGGUGGGCGCAAAGGCCGCAAGGACCGGGAGAGGGAGCGCGCGGAGAAGGAGCGAGCGGAGAGGGAGCGCCUGGAGCGGGAGAGGGCCGAGCGGGAGCGGCUGGAGAGGCUCCGGGCGCUGGAGGAGCAGCCGGACGGAGGAGACGUGGACAGGGAGGAGGACCACGAAGGGAAGAGGGAUCUGGGUGUGCCAUUCAUCAAUAUCCAGACACCCGACCUUGACGGCUCCACCUGGAAGCAGGCCCUGGAGAAUGACAAGCUUCCCAAAGGGGACCAGAUCCUAGACUACUUGGGCCUGGGCUCCUCUGGGCUGCCCAUCCCGCCUCCAGUCUUAUUCUCCAUAAUCCCCUACCCUCUGAAGCGGCUGCCGUUGGCCCCCACGGAAAUCAUGAAGCAUUUUAUGUUUCUCAUCCCACUCUCCGAAGAGCUGGCCCUGCUGGAGGAGAAAAGAGAGGCGGAAUCAGAAGUAGACCUUUCGACGACCACCACCACCACCACGAGCUCCGCCAAGGAGGAGCCGAACACCUCGUCUAAAGGGAACAAGCAGAAACUGAAAGAAAAAACAGACCAGAUUCGGGACACUCUGAAGGACAAACGCCGCAUCGCCUUCAACAGGAAGGGCCUUUCUGGGGCCAUUUCUGGCACCGUUUCCCCCCUGUCAGACAUGGACCAGAACAACUUGUCUGGGCAGCACUCCCAGGACAAAUUCAUCAGGUUGAAUCAUUUCCGGUGGAUUGUGCCGGCCAAUGGCGAGGUGUCGUUGAGAAUGCAGUUCUCUGCUACUGAUCUCGGGAACUAUGACCAGACGUUCAACUUUGAGAUCCUUGGAACUUGCCGCCAGUACCAGCUUUAUUGCCGUGGUGUUUGCGCUUAUCCAUACAUUUGCCAAGACCCAAAAGUGGUGUUCCCUCAGCGGAAGAUAGACGUGAAAGCAGAUGAGAUCGUCUUUAAGAAGUAUAUUAUAAGCACAGACACGUUUUACUUUGGGCCACUGCUUUGUGGAAAAUCAAGAGAUAAGUAUAAGUCAUCUUUGUUCCCAGGCAACAUGGAGACACUGACAAUCCUGAACAAUUCUCCAAUGGUCACGGAGGUGUUCUUCUGUUUCCAGAAUGAUGUCAAAGCAAAUACCUACUUCCUGGAACCCAUGAACAUGAUUCUCAAACCCAAUGAGAAGCAGAUACUGACCGUGUGGGCCUACCCCACUGCAGUUGGUAUCUUUGAAGACAGCAUAGUCUGCUGCAUCAAGGAGAACCCGGAACCAGCCAUCUUCAAAUUAAGCUGCGAGGGGGUCCGCCCAGAACUGGAUGUGGAACCCAGGCAAUUGCAUUUUGACCGGCUUCUGCUGCACAGAAAAGAAUCCAAAGUAGUUCUUUUCCACAACGUCACGACCCUGCCCGUGGCCUGGCGGAUCACCAGCCUGGAGCACCUGGGCGAGGACUUCUCCGUGUCCAUGCUGCAGGGCACCAUCCCCCCCAAGGCUGACUAUAGCCUGCAAGUGCACUUCCAACCCUCCAAGCCCGUCAACAUCAAGAAGGCGUUUCGGUUGGAGGUUUUGGACCCAGACAAUCUUGUUGGAGUUGUUCAGAUUGAAAACAUCAUGAUCAUUGCAGAGUCCUACGACAUGGCCUUGGACAUCACCUUCCCCAAAGGAGCUGAAGGAGGCCUCGAUUUUGGGACCGUGAGAGUCAUGGAGGAGGUGAAGCAGCCCCUGCAACUGAAGAACCGUGGGAAAUAUGAGAUCAUGUUCAGCUUUUCUGUGGACUCCGUAGGCAUUACCUCAACCAAUAUAAGUUCUAUGAUCUCAGUCCAACCCAGGAAGGGCUCAAUGGCCACAACAGAUAAGCCCACAAAUGUCCAGGUGUUCUUCCGCGCCAAAAAGGAAGUGAAGAUAGAGCAACAGCCAGUCCUGCGCUGUCAGAUCAUUGAGCCCAAUAUGACAGACGGAACUGAAAUCAUUGCCAGCAUCCCAAUUAGGCUUUCUGUGAAUGCAGUGUUCUCCAAAUACAACAUCAGCCCCUCCUCCAUCAUCAACUUUGGGGCUCUGAUCUGUGGCACUCGUAAAAGCACCACCUUCACCAUAGAAAAUCAAGGUGUUACUGACUUCAAGUAUAACCUCUACAGGAUGACAGGAGAGAGCUCCAUUCCCCAAAAGAAAGCAGUCAGCCACACGAGGACUUUAAGAUCCCGGGAAAGCGAGAACUUCUACAAGGCUACCCCUUCCAGAGCAGCCAAGUUCUCAGAAACUACUCAGAAAGAAAUAAACAUCACUAGCCAGGCUCGCUUCAGCCACGGCAUGUUCACCGUGUACCCUGGGUUCGGCUCCGUCUCUGCCGGAGGAGCACAGACCCUCACCGUUGACUGCGUGGCUGACCCUGUGGGGAAGUGUGAGGAGUUUAUGGCGAUCGAUAUCUCUGACCGAGACCCCAGAGACCACCCUGGCGGCAUUCCUUACAGCCUGUUGGCGGAAGCCUGUCUACCAGCCUUCGUGACAGACAACAACGCCUCCGUCUUUGAGGAGCACCAGAUCUGCAACAGUACCAACCUGUACAGCAUCCUGCAGACCACAGAGAGCAAGGGGCUGUUUGUGGAGGAUGAGAACAAGUUCAUGUUCUGCCAUGUCAUGGUGGGCCAUCAGGCCAAGGCUCGGUUCAAGAUGAGCAAUGUGGGGAAGAUCGCCUGUGAUGUGACCAUUGUGGUUAAGCCUGUCUCCAACAAGGCCACUGCCCGCAUCAUUGACAUCUUUGAAGUGGAACCCAACAAGAUGUGUAUUGCCAGUCGUUCACAUGCCUUUGCCACGGUGACCUUCACCCCCCAGACCAUGCAGUCGUACCAGUGUAUCUUUGAGGCGACCUUGGAUGGCGUGUCCAGCAUCCAGACCAAGAACCGAAGCCUCGCGUUUGAUAUCGUGGGAGAGGGGACCCUCCCUCGGGUGACCAUUGUGCGGCCAAUUCUCCACAACCAGUAUGGAAACCUCCUGCUCCUCUUUAAGAGGCUUCUUCUUGGCCAUUCAGAGAAACUCCCUCUCAUCCUCAAGAACAAUGGCAAUAUCCCUGCCCAGCUGCAUGUCGACCUGCAGGACCAACUAGAAGUCUUCUCCCUGAAAGGGAGGCCCACGACCUCCUACAUCUACAUCAUAGAGGAAAACGAACCCCAUGCCAAAGCAAAGAAAGCUCACACGGCCUCCCUGGUGGUUCUUCCCGGAGAGACAGCCGAAUUUGAUGUUGUUUUCCGCGCCCGAAAUGUCGGGAGGAUGACGGGCACCAUCCACUUGUCAGUGCUCAACAAUCAGUACGAGGACACGAUCAUCCGCCUGGUGGGAGAAGGCUACGAGGAAGACAUCACUUUGGACAACGUCCACGGGCUGGUGGCUCCCACCAGCGGGGAGGCCUUCGACAUGUCCGAGGUCACCGAGGACGUAUCUAUGGAAAACUUGGUGGCAGCUGCUCUGGUGGACCACAUUCAGUUUGGGGACUGCCACAUUGGAAGCAGCUAUAGCGUGAGCUUCACAGUCACUAACCACAGCCAAGUGAAUGUGAUUCGGUUUGAAUGGCCCUCGUUAGCUACAAUUACCUUUGCCCCACAGACUGGCCACCUCCACCCUGGGUGUGCCAAGGACAUCGUGAUGACCCUGAAGUCAGACAUACCCAUCAACAUGAAGAAGAUGGACAUCAAGUGCAAGGUCUCCAAGAUCCUGUUUCAGCAGCCUGCAGACCAGGUCCCCGACUGGGACGACCGCAUGCGCACGGUCAAGUGGGUGGACAUGCCCAGAAACAUGCCCGGGACUUUCACUCCCAAACGAAAAGUGAUAGAGACGGACCCUGAGCCUGUGCACUCAGUGCUGGAAGAGCACUACCGAGAGCUGAUGCUGCAGGUCAGCGCCAACGUGAACUUCGCAUCCUACCAGUGCCCGACGAGCGAGGUGCACUUCAAGGACACGCUGGUGUACCAGGCCCGAGUGUUUCAGUUGGAGCUGGUUAACACAGGGAGUGUGCAGCUGGAAUUCAGCUGGAUCUUGGAAGAGACAGCGAAGACUGUCAGCUUUGCAAUGCCAGAAAACCAAGGUUCUCAAAAAGAUCAGCUGAGCCAGGGCAGCACCGUGGACAGCGCUGUGGAACACUCGACUGACCCUUCCCCACUGUCCUUCUCUGUGGUUCCCAUCUCUGGCGUUGUGCCAGUGGGGAAGGCUGAGAAGAUCCAAGUGAAAUUCUCCCCAUUGGAGGUUGGAGACUUCGAGAGCACUAUUAUCUGCCAGAUUCCCAACCUACUACCGGGAGAGCAAGGCCCAGUCAUAUCAGCAAAAGGACGGAGCUUCUUGCCCAUCUGCCACUUUGAACUGAAAGAGUCGGACUACAUCACUGGUCACCGGCACCACCCGGAUCUCCGAGGACCUGGUGGUGGGCCUCUGGACCCAAACACCCGGGUGAUCGAGUUCACCAGUGUGGGCAUAGGAGCGAAGAAUCUCCGGACGUUUACAAUCCUGAACCCGACCGCUAGCAGCUACUGCUUCCGCUGGGUCUCUGAAGAAAUGGAAAGUCUCCAGAACCCUUCAGCCUUCACCUGCCUCACAGAGAAGGGCUGCAUCCACCCUGAAAAGAAAGCCGAGAUUAUCUUCCAGUUCACGCCUUUGCAUCUGAAAAUCACAGAAGCGUUCUGGACUUUCUCAGUCCCCGAGCACAACAUCACAGUCCCUUUCCUGCUGGUAGGCAAAGCCUCUGAGCCCCUGGUCAGUCUGGACAAGUCACACAUCAACUUCAGCUGUCUCCUCAUUGGUUGUAGCAGGUUACAAAUUGACAUUCUCUUCACACCAAAGCAAGAAGGAGAUGUGAACUUUAAUUUGAUCUGCAAUGUGAAAAGCAAAGCCCACCCUUUGACCUUAAAUGUCAAGGCUGAAGGCUACACUAUGAAUGCGGAGAUCAAGUGCAAAGACAGGACUGGCUUACUCACUCUCUUGACUCCCAAUCAGACCACCAUUGUCAACUUCUAUGAGGUGGAGCUGAAUGAGUGUGUCCAGUGUGAGUUCACCUUUAUCAACGCUGGGAAGUUCAACUUCAGCUUCCAGGCAGAGCUCUCUGGCCCCAAAGCCCUGGUGCAGUACUUCGAGUUCUCACCCAUGGAGGGCAGCGUGGAUGUGGGGCAGAGUACACCCGCCAGCCUGUCCUUCCAACCAUUUAAGAAAUGUGUCUUGAAGGGCCUGGAACUCAGAAUCAAGAUAAGCCACGGUCCAACAUUUACGUGCAGCAUCUCAGGCUCUGCCGUGAACCCUGCUGUCCAUUUCUCAUUCACCAGCCACAACUUUGGGAGCUGCUUCAUCUACCAAGCCGGGAUGCCCCCAUACAAACAGACCCUGGUUAUCACUAACAAGGAGGAAACGGCUAUGAGCAUAGAUUGUUUGUACACCAAUACCACCUACCUCGAGGUGAGCUUCCGUGCGGAUGUGAUAAAGCCAGGAAAGUCAAUGGAGAUUCCAAUCACCUUCUAUCCUCGAGAAAGUAUCAGCUAUCGAGAACUCAUCCCCUUUGAAAUCAACGGGCUCUCCCAACAAGUAGUUGAAAUCAAAGGGAAAGGCGCUGAAAUGAAGAUUUUAGUCCUAGAUCCAGCCAAUAGGAUCUUGAAGUUAGGAGCUGCCCAGCCAGGGCAGGUGGUGAAAAAAACGGUUUCCAUCAUGAACAACAGCCAGGCCCCGGUCACAUUUAGCCAGUCGGUCCUGUUCUCGACUCCAGAACUCCGGGAGCCUAAGGUCGUCACCCUGGUCCCCUUCAACAACAUCACGCUGAAGCCCAAGGAAGUCCGCAAGCUGGAGGUCAUCUUUGCCCCGAAGAAGCGCGUCCCCCUCUUCUCCGAGGAAGUGUUCAUGGAGAGCAUGGGGCUCCUGCGCCCCCUCUUCCUGCUCAGCGGCUGCUGCCAAGCCCUGGAGGUCUCCCUGGACCAGCAGCACAUUCCCUUCGGACCAGUCGUGUAUCAGACAAAAGCCACGCGUCGCAUCCUCAUGCUGAACACGGGCGACAUGGGUACAAGGUUUAAAUGGGAUGUCAAAAAAUUUGAGCCUAAUUUCUCCAUCAGUCCAGAAGAAGGCUAUAUCACUACAGGCAUGGAGGUUUCUUUAGAAGUGACCUACCACCCCACAGAGGUGGGCAAGGAGAAUCUCUACAAAAACCUGCUCUGCUUCAUCCAAGGAGGCCCUCCUCUGAGCCUAACCCUGUCUGGAGUCUGCGUGGGACUACCUGCAGUGAAAGAGACGGUAAAUUUCACCUGCCAGGUGCGCUCCAAGCACACGCAGACCAUCCAGCUUUCAAAUCGCACCAACCAGACCUGGAAUCUGCACCCCAUCUUUGAGGGCGAGUACUGGGAGGGGCCCGAGUUCAUCACUCUGGAGCCCCAUCAGCAAAACAAGCCCUAUGAGAUCACCUACAAGCCCCGCACCAUGAAUGUGGAGAACCGCAAGCACCAGGGCACCCUCUUCUUCCCCCUGCCAGAUGGAACCGGCUGGCUAUAUGCACUGCAUGGGACUGCCGAGCCCCCCAAAGCCGUGGCCAGUAUCUACCGUGAAGUGCCGUGUAAGACGCCCUACACUGAGCUCCUGCCCAUCACCAACUGGCUGAACAAGCCCCAGAGGUUCCGGGUCAUUGUGGAAAUGCUGAAACCAGAGAAGCCAGACCUAAGUGCCUCCUUAAAGGGCCUUGAUUACAUUGAUGUACUGUCUGGAUCCAAGAAAGACUACAAGCUGAACUUCUUUUCCCACAAGGAAGGACUAUACAGCGCAAAGGUGAUCUUCCGAAACGAGGUGACCAACGAGUUCUUAUACUACCUGACGAGUUUCAGGGUCAUCCCUUCAGGCGUCAUCAAAACCAUCGAGAUGGUGAGCCCCGUCCGGCAGAGCACAUCAGCCUCCGUCAAGGUGGAGAACCCCCUGCCCUACUCAGUGACCUUCGCCACGGAGUGCAGGGUGCCCGACAUCAACCUGCCCUCCCAGUUCGUGGUGCCCCCUAACUCGGAGGGCACAUUCUCAUUCGAAUUCCAGCCCCUGCGAGCUGGAGAAACCUUGGGGAGACUAGUUCUGCACAACAAUGAUCUGGGUUACUACCAGUAUGAGCUCAACUUGAAGGCUCUGCCAGCGCUGCCUGAAAAGCCCAUCCACUUCCAGACUGUUCUUGGCAGCGGCCAGAGCAUCUUUGCCAAGUUCAUCAAUUACACCCGGCAGAAGACAGAAUACUACUGCAGGUCCGACUGUGUAGACUUCCACACGGAAAAGAUCAUCAGUGCUCCCGCGGGGGCUCAGGGUGGCACGGAAAUCAGUGUGGAAGUCUAUUUCGAGCCCAGCCACCUGGGGGACACCAAGGGCACCCUGAGCCUGUCAUCCGUUGCAGGCGGAGAGUAUAUCAUCCCCCUCUUCGGAGUGGCUGUGCCGCCAAAGCCGCAAGGUCCCCUCCAGAUCCGAGCCGGGUACAACAUAGUCAUCCCCUUCAAGAACGUCUUCUACCACACAGUCACCUACUCCUUCAUCGUGGAGCACCCAGCCUUCUCCGUGCGGGCCAUGGACUCGGUCCGGCCCAAGAAGAUCAACAACAUCACCGUCUACUUUGACGGAAACCCAUCCGGCAGCAAAACACCCAUUACCAGCAAGCUGAUCGUGUCGUGCUCUCCCGGCGAAGGCAGAGAAACAGGAGUUAAAUGGGUUUAUUAUCUGAAGGGCGUCACCCCUUAGUUGUAACCAGGGUCAGUUGCAUCCAGAAAAAGCCGUCUCCUCCGCUUUAAUAUCUACAUAUUGUUCUAGCCUGGUGAAUAGAGAAAAUAAUCAGAAUUCUAAAGGUAGUGUGUUAUCCUCCUCAUGCAC